AAUCCACAAAUUUGUUUUAUUUGCCUUGACUAUGCAUCCCUGAAGAUUUUACUGUAUCCAUGGAGAUGGUUGUACAUAUAGCGUUCUGUAGUCAGUGUGAACAGUCUGAACAGAGAUGAGUCAUGAUCUUAAAAGGCUGCCUUUUAGUACUUCUGAGCAAUCACCCCACAAAACAGGGUUUUCGGAAUACUAACGAUACCACCAGGCUGGCUUCCAAUUUUUGUGGGUUAGUGACAUUUAACCUGACCUUAUUUUGGCAUCAUAUUUAAAGGCAAAAGCCAGGAUAUUUAAACAGCAGUCAUAUACACAUAUGCACACAUACGUUCAUACAAUUGGUCUGUUCAUCCAUAUCCCAGACUGGAAGGUAUGGGUUUAAGAUAACAAGGUUUUCCUAAAACAUAUGACAAAGAUUAUUCUGAAAAGGACACAAAUACACACUCACAUACAAUCAAAGAUAAAACAUAUGUUUGGUUGGGCAGUGCUUUCUGUGUCUUGUGAAUUUGGUUUUGUUUUACAUAAUUUUUUGUACAUUUACUUUGGGCAGACAGAGUCUGCUGAUUCUGCGGCUGUGGAUAAUGUGUUGAAAUGUAGUUCAUGUGAGUAGUUUCAGCAACUGUAUCCAGAUCUUCUACUGUUUGUAAUUUGAUUUGUUUUACAAAUGCAUCUUUGUGUGUAUGUGUGUGUGUGUGAGAGAGAGAAAGAGAGAGAGAGAAAGAGAGAGACUUGUAUGUGAGCCAAACUAGCUCAAUGAAGUCACAAGAAAUUCAAUAGGUCAGAGUCCAGUUCCACUUUCUCUUGCACACUUGUCCUGUGUUUUUGUGGACUGCAGAAGUGGCACUUACCGGAGUUGCUGGGGAAAAUGUACAUGGAGUAAAAAAAGCCACAUUUGGAAAUUCAUAACUGGAAUUAAAAAGCAUGCUUGAGAGGAUCCACGUUACAAGGAGUGAUGAGUAGGUGUGUGUGUGAGCAUGUGUAAGUAGAACCUGUGGAAUCUGCUCAGAGUGUAACCAGCCGGAGCUGAAAGAUCAUCAUGGUCUUGCCAGUCACUGGAGUAACCUUAGCCGUGCUGGUUUCCAUGGUGACACCAGAUUUGGUGUGCGGGGGACAAGAGAGAGGCGAGGACUCACGACUCACAUACACUCAUCUCACACAUGCUCAGCACCAUUACACACCUCAGGCUGGAGGCCCACGGAGCAUGACUUUCAACUACUUCCAAAAAGCUGCAGAUAAUGACAUGUUUGAAAACAAUGAACAUGAUGUCAACUUUGAUGAUGCAGGAUUAGGAGGCCCACAUACUGGGCCUGAAGAUAAACCUCAUCUUAAAAGCAGAGAAUAUGAGACUCUUUCAGCUAAUGCUUAUUCGGAUGUUAGAAACAAUGCAAUUGAAUUAAAUGUUCAAGAUCCAGAGUCAUUUACGUUAGCAGAUGAUGAAUGCAAUGAAGUUGACUGUAAUGAUAACAUUAUGUAUGCUAAUACUGAAUCAGCUGUUACUAAAAAUGACUACAUAGGUGCUGCUAAGGCAAAUAGAGCUGCAGGGAAUGAAGAAGACUCUGUCUCUGCACUGGACAAUGCUUUGCUGGAUGAGAAGGAUGAAGCCAAAUCCAGUGAAGGCCCUGUUGUGCUUGUGCACUCAGGCCCAGUUCGUGGCCUCACACUGGAUAAAGCUCAUGUGUUUUAUGGGAUUCCCUACGCAGUCCCUCCUGUAGGGCCAAAGCGGUGGACUGCUCCCAGCCCUGCGUCACCAUGGACUCUGCCAUAUGAUGCCACGUUCCCUCGACCUGCUUGCAUGCAGUCCUGUACUGGGCAUUUCUCUCAAUCAUGCCCUUUUCAGGUGAGUGAGGACUGUUUGUACCUGAACGUGUUUGUUCCUGUGAGUGUGGACCUAUCACUGCAGAGCACCACAGCCCUGCCUGUCAUGGUGUGGAUUCAUGGAGGUGACUUUAUUGCUGGCUCUGCUUCUAAACCACUGUAUGAUGGACGCUUUAUUAGUAACUAUAGCAACACAGUGGUUGUAAAUUUGGAGUAUCGCCUAGGAGCAUUUGGGUUCCUGGUGACAGGGAAAGAUCCUCAGAACUCUGCAGUGGGAAACUAUGGAAUUUUGGACCAGCAGGCGGCACUGCACUGGGUCCAAGGAAACAUCGCUGCCUUUGGUGGAGAUCCAGCCAAGGUGACUCUGUUUGGUGAAAGUGCUGGGGCCCAGUCAGUAUGCUUGCACCUGAUGAUGGAGAUCAGUGAGCCAAUGUUCAGACAUGCUGCUGUACAGAGCCCUCCCCUCUCCAUCCCACUCAAAACCAGGUCGGAUGCUGUGAAGUUGGGUAGGGACUUUGUGAAACUGACUAAGUGCUCAGUCUCUGACCUGGCCUGUCUUCGCUCUCUCAGCUCACACGCCAUAUUAGAUGCUCAGGUUAAAACAGGUUCUAAAAUAAUCAACCCUUUCCAUUUUCUGCAACUGUUUGAGACCUGGGGUCCUUAUAUUGAUGGAGAGCUGAUCAGGGAGCAGCCAACUGCAGCCUUCCCAAAGGGUCACUGGCAGAGCUACAAGCCAGUCAUAUUAGGUACUACAUCCGAAGAAGGUGUGAUCUUUGUAUAUGGGGUAUUCAAUGAGUCAGUGUCUGUGCUGGAAUGCAUAGCCUACACAACAGCUAUCUUCAAGCACAAUGCUCUUAGCAUCCUGUACAAAUAUGUUCCGCUCUACCAUAACCAGGACAGACGCGUUAUGCUGUCACAGAUUGUGACAGACUAUGUGUUUCUAUGUCCGGCUCGGUGGUCUGCUCGAUCUGCAAUAAGCAUGGGCGCGACUGUUUGGAUGUAUGUGUUCGACCACUCCCUUUCUGAUCACAACAUAUGGGCAGGACUUACUUUCUGUUACAACCAUGCUUGUCAUGGGGCAGAGCUUCCUUUCCUGUUUGACUCUGCAGCUGUUACAAACCUCACUCUCACAGCCCAAGAGACUCUCCUGGCCAAUCAGAUACUGUGUUACUGGGGUGCAUUUGCCCACACUGGAGAUCCAAACUCUCACAGUGAAGAAACACCUUUCUGCAAGCAGCAGAAGCUUCCUGCUUGGCCUAGGUACACAGCAGCUGAAAGCUGGCCAAUACUAAAUUUAACUCUACAGUCUCACUGUCAGCAUGGCAACAGAGACAAUUUCUGUGACUUCUGGGAUCACCUGGACAUUUACUGA